AUGGGAUUUUUAUGUGAUAUUUGUGGAUUUUUGUUUAAUCAUCAGUGCAAUUUAAGAAGACACAUAAAAGAACAGCACCAGCCUAAAGUUCAAUCGUUAAAAUGUAACUUUUGCCAGCAACUUUUCCUGCGACCAUCAAACUUGAAGAGACAUUACAAGAACGUGCAUAAACUUGAUGAAAUGAAUGUGAGUGAAGAGAUGGAUCGGACUCAAGGAGACAGCGUUACGUGUAACAGAGACUUCUAUCAUUCGUCAAAGAAGCCUGUAUAUGUGUUGAGUGACCUGUACGAGGAUAUUUCCUCUGACGAGGAUGAGGUCAUUCGUAUGGAGGAGACGCCCCAAAACUGUGAUCUGAUGGAAGACUUAGAAAUUAUUUCCGUAAAUACGAGUGAUUUUGGAGAUCAGGCCGAUGACCUGUUGGAUUUCUGCGAACUCGAAGACGAGCGAACUGUAGUGGCCGCGAGUGACGAAGAAGACCAAAUUGAGGAGGAUCUAACCGACGAAAGAAACGUGGAAUUCAGAGACACAAGUAGUGAACAAAGUAGUGAUCAUAGUGAUACAGUGCGCGAGAAUUCCACCGUGACAAAGUCAACUGUGUGCUUGCUUCUAAACAAAACAACCAGGAAUUACCCUGACGGUACUAUGGAGGUUAGCCGGGACACUCAUGUGGUUUAUUCCGAGGAUUUAACACCUAGUGACAUUGACUAUGAAGGUGUGGCUUCGGAGGUGUUAUCAGAGAUUCCGAGACAUUUCGAGGAGGGAAAUGUUAGAUUCGCGUGUGGAGACUUUACCCAUUUGUGA